CAUUUAACGAGUUACUAUAUGUACCACAUCGAGGGAACGCCAAAGCAUCCAGAAUCCUGAUGGUCACUGGCAUAUGAGCCUUGGAAAACUCUCAAAAUUCAAUUUGAAAGCAACACACUUUGUAAGCACUUGUUGAAACAGAGCGGCCUUCAGGUUGGACUUGGAUCUCCUUUUGACUGACCUCGAAGUCCCUUCCAAUCCCGCAAAUCUACGAAGAAGUUGAACUGCUGACACUCUACCCUCUAUCCAUGAGCCUCCGAAUCUACUGACAAGGCUCAAGAUGCUUGAUGAAAACCUUCCAACCUUCUACAUCAAGCCUUCCACGGAGAGGCCAAAGCAUCAAUCCACGUAUUACUUUUGCCAGGGUGGUGAAGACCCAUCCCCCGCCUACUCCGUUCGCCAUCUCGACCCCGACCUUCCGGCCUCCAAAAACCGGUAUGCUGUAGCUCUCUACGACUCGUUUUGCCCGGACAUCCUCUACGGGGAAGUGCUUUUGAUUCCAAAAUGGACGCAGCCUUCGCUAUCGCAGGAAGCCAUCCGACAGAAUAACGGAGUCCCUCCGCCUCCCGAGCCUAUACUUCCAAAUGAGUUUAUUAUUCAACUGUAUAACCCGGAUCAGCAGGUGCUGGUGCGUUAUAAGCCAAAAUCUUGGAACUCGCCUGCAUCGUGGCAGUUUGAAAUGCCCCAGCAGACAUUUCGCCUGCCGUCGGGCUCUUCCUUGGACCGCACUAUGAGCGACCCGGCGGCUUCGGAUAUAACACCUAAACUUCGGUUUAACUGGCAAAAGGAUGGGAAAUUCUCCAAGGACCUCACAUGCUAUCUUUCCGGAAAGACGGUGGACGUUGAUGAUGCUAGAAAGCGAAGCAAGGAGCCGGAUAUUACCGUUUCCAUCUUCAAAGGACUCAAAGAAGUCACCUUAUACGAGCCAAAUCUUUACCGUGUAGAAAUGGAAGAUCAUAAGGGCCUGGAGGUCGUUUUGCUCUUGGGUGCAGUAGUCAUCCGUGAUGUCUAUUUCGGCCAUAUUAAGACCAGCUUUCAUAUCACAGAUCCCCCAAACCCCACCACUCUAGCAGCGCCAAAAAUAACCCCGCCUAAAGUUUCGGUGAACGGAACCGCUCCCCAAAUAAAAGGUCAGAGUGGAGGACCUCAGCCGAACCAACAAGGUCCUCAUUCCAACCCUCCACGGCAAACGACAUUACCAGUACGCGAAGCACGUCCACCGCCUGCCGACCCGCGCACACAGUGGGAGAUUGACGCCGAAACGAGCCGCUUAAAACAACAAGCCGAAGCUGAAGCACGAGAACGUCGACGAAAGGAAAAAGAAGCAGAAAAACAAACAAGGAAGCUUCUUGAGGCUGAAGAACGAGAAAGGAGGCGGAGAGAGGCCCAGGUGAAGGAAGAAACAGAGCGCUUAAAGAAAAUAUACGGCAAGGAGGACAAGAAGCUGCGGAAGCAAGUCUCUGGGCCACCAAGUGCUUCACGGCCGCCAGCUCCCCUGCCACCGGGACCGCCACAAUUCAACAAUGCACAUUAUCUGACUUCUACGCCUGCUCCGUCCUGGUUCGCUACACCUGCCAGGCCACAAACGACACAGCCGACCCCUCAGUUUCUCGCACCUCGUCCGCCUGCAUCCACGGCGGGAGGACUAAGACCACCACAGCCCCAGCUAAAGGAAAGGAGGAGCAUUUUCGGGUUUCGACUGGGAGACAGUAGGGAUUCCGGAAACGGGUUGUCCAAGAAGAGGAGUUCUAUGUUCUAGAAAGUACCGGGUACCAACGCUUUCAUGGCCUUUCGGACGUCAUUUUCCAGCUGUUUCUGGGGUUGGGAACUUGGUAGAUGGCAGGCGAUUUUGGAUUCUGGGAAAUUUUGGGUUGUUACGGUGUUGUUUGUUGCUUUGCAUCAUAUUCUUUACGCUACUUUGAUACCCGAUAUUGCAUAUUUUUAUUUAGCUACUCGAGUUGCAUGUCAAUAGCUGUAACUUUUAUAUGCUGGAAUGGCAGAAAAAGUAAAAUGAGAUA